AAGAAGAAGAAGAGGAAGAGGAAGAAGAGGAUGAUGAUGGUGAUGAAAGUGAUAAGUACUCAGAUAUUUUAGAAGAAAGUGAGAGUGAAGAAGAGGAAGAAGAGAUAAAAGAAAAGCCUGGCACACUUGAAGUGAUUAAAAAGAAGGAAAUGAUGGAAGCAGCCAAAAAGGAGCUGCCAUAUACAUUUGAAGUGCCACAAGACUACGAGGCAUUCUGGGCAUUAUUAGAAAAUCACUCACCAAGAGAAGUGAACACUAUCUUAGAGCGAAUGAUUGCAUGUAAUCAUCCCAAGCUUGGAGGGAAGAAUAAGGAAAAGUGUGAUUACUUGUGUGCAUAUCUUCUGCAGACCCUGAAUGUUUUAGCUGAUUAUGAUGGUGCUGCUCCCAUGAACUCUGUGUCGCCCCUUUUGUAUGUGGAUUGCGUCACUCAACAUAUUUAUAGUCUUACCCAGUUAUCCCCAGUAAAUACAGCAAAUGCAUUAAAACAGGUGCUGUUGGAAAAAUAUGGAGACUGUUCAAAAUUUAAGUUCAAAAGAUAUCCUAUGGGUGAUACAUUUGUGUUCCUGAAAAUAGCUGGGAUGCUUUUUCCAUCAUCUGAUUUUAUUCAUCCCGUCAUGACACCUGUCAUGGGUUUCUUCUGCCACCUGCUUGGGCAAGGCAAAAUAUCAAAUCGAAGAGAAGUUAAUGCUGCAUUAUUCACAGCAUAUCUUGCAUAUGAGUACGUCAGCGUGUCUAAAAGAUUUAUGCCCGAGUUGACAAAUGUUCUCAAUGGUCUGCUGUUUAUGUCAGUGCCAAUGAAGAACAAAACUAAAUUGCCCAUCACACCACCUUUCAAGUGCACAGGGCCAACUGCAUCUCUUCUUGUACCAGACGCACCUGUUAUGACGUUUGAAAGUAGUAAACUUACAUUUGCAAGUAUUAAUAAAAAAGGUGAGGAGAUGACUGAUGACUUCAAAAUGAAUGUGCUCCAGAAAACUCUUGAUCUUUUACAAGAAGUGUGUAAAUGCUGGUCAGGCCAUGCAUCUAUUCGAGCUAUUAUGAGACCAACCACCAUACUGCUGGAUUGCUUGGUCUUAGAGAAUCUCCCCAAAAGUGUACAAGAGGCUGUGGAAGCUCUGCGCCAAGCUAUUAGAUCCUUGCCAGCCCAGGGUAAACCACUAGUCAAGGAAGAAGCAAAGCCCAAAUCAAUACCAAUGUUUGAGCCGGCCUUUGAGAAGAUUAUUGAAGGAGCGAAAAAACGACAUGGUUCCAAGGAAAAGCUGGAGCAUCAGAAACUGCUACAUAAUCUGAAGCGAGAAAGAAAGGCUGUAAAGAGAGAAAUUGAGAAGGAUACUGCAUACUUAGCUAGACAGAAGUUGAAGGAACAGCUUGAAAGUGAUGCUGAACGGAAACGAAAGGUUGGACAGAUUAUGGGAGGUCUGCAAAUGCAAGAGAGUGAACACAAGAAAAUGAAGUUGAAGAAGAAAUAAUUCAGUUUUUAUAAGAUUUCAUAGCUGCUGCUUCCAUGUGAAGAGUGUGAAAGUGAAGCAAUAAUGCAAAACAGACUACUGUAUAUAUUGAGGAUUGACCUAUGGAAUAUAUAAUACAUACCAUAUUGUAUUUUGCAGAAUGAAUAAACAGAAUGAAUGUUA